AUGGCUACCGUACCAAGUCUAGAUUUAGGUCCUAUCACCACUCCUGGACCUGGAAUGAACUACUUGCGCCCAGAAGUGUCUGACAUGAAAAUCAUCGGAGUCGAGGAACACGUUAUUUUCCCGGAGUUGACCAACCGAAUUCCCGAUGAAGGUUUGGCCGCUCAUGCAAAGAAGAUCUUUCGCCAACUUGUCAACCAUGAAGCAAUGGCAUACGCUCGUGGCCGAUCCACCGAUGUCGGAAACCAACGGCUACAUGAUAUGAAUGAGGGUGGCAUCGCGAUGCAAAUUCUGAGCCUUGCAGGCCCCGUCAACUGUAUGCAGCUGGAGCCAGAGGCUGGGUUGGCACUAGCACGCGAUAUCAACAAUAGCUUGAAGAAAGCUGUUGAUGCUCAUCCCGAUCGGUUCAAAGCCUUCGCCGAUCUGCCCUUUCAUGCACCCAAGCUGGCUAUUGACGAACUCCGCCGCUGCGUCAAGGAGCUCAACUUUGUUGGAGCAAUGAUGGCAGGGUCUGUCGGGUGUACCGGGAAAUUCCUUGAUGAUCCGGAAUUUGACGACUUGCUUUCGGAGUUUGAAGCUUUGGAUGUACCUUUGUAUCUCCAUCCUGGUAUUGCCCCUCCGGCGGUCAUUGAUGCCUAUUACACCUUUCCCGAAAAACCGGAGUUAUCGGCGACAUUGGCCGGCAUGGGAUGGGGAUGGCACAAUGAAGUCGCAGUUCAUGUUCUCCGUCUCGCUGUGUCUGGGACCCUGGAUCGGCAUCCCAAACUCAAGGUUGUGGUGGGGCACCAGGGUGAGAUGUUGCCUAUGAUGCUUCAGCGGUUCGAUGCCAUGUUCGAUCAAAAGAUUUUUGGCCUGAAGCGAAGUGUGGGCCAAGCGUUGCGGAGUCAGGUUUGGAUCGCGAUCUCCGGACUCUUCUCAUUGCCGCCGACGCAGAUCGCUAUCCUAACAUGGGGAGUUGACAGGAUUCUGUUUGCCAACGAUUACCCUUAA